AUGAUUCGCGCUAUUGGGGGGGUUGAGGGGGACGAAAGUCGCGGUGCGUCUCGUGCAAAAGGGAAAGGAAACGCGCGGGCGAAGCUCCUUGAUCCGUGUGCCUUCGAAGAAGAAGGCGCAUACAUCAAGGCUACACUCCGGGAACAUCAACGCGCGAAGCUUGAACGUAUCAGAAAUAGCUCGCCCGCCUCUUUAUACCAUGCGAAGCGGAAACGUAUUUCGAGCAGGGGGGGAAAGGCUAACGAGAUCAGGGAAGAAGUGGAAGAAGAAAUGGCCCAAUGGGUUCGCGAAUGUAAUCGCCUAGGUUUGAAAGCACCAUCAACGCACAAAAUUCGAAUGACCUUUUGCGCAUUGAUGUGGGAAAAGGGAGACAGAAGCUAUUACGGUAGUAGAAGCGGGCCCGGGUCGAAGGGGUGCAUAGACUGGAUGCGGAAGUUCUUCAUGCGCUACGAUUUGAAAAGUACGAAGCGCAUGACGACGAACCACGCGAGACAGGACACGCAGGUGAGGGC